CUGCGCUGAGAGCUUGCGCUGAUGGAGGUGCCAAUCGUCUCUAUCACAUCACGGAAGGAAGCCAGGAGAGCUUCUUGCCUGAUUACAUCAGCGGUGAUUUUGAUUCCAUUCAGCCUGAAGUCAAGGAGUACUACAAGGUCAAGGGGUGUGAGUUAAUUGAGACCAUGGAUCAGGACCUCACAGAUUUCACCAAGUGCCUUCAGAUCCUCCAGAAAAAGAUAGAGAAGAAGGGCCUCCAG